GUGUAGUAAAGUCCAGGGCCAAGUGGAAGUAAAAGAUUAAUCAGGAGAUGGCGAAUUCUUCUUUUGCUCAAUUUGGAGAGACUGCGACACGAAAGCCUUCAAAAAUACGUUUGGUUUUGUGUAUUUUAGUUGUGUUUCUGCUUGUCCUGUCUUUAACUUUCAUUGCGCUGUAUUUAAAAGAAAAAUCGAAGGCGAAAUCUACAGAUGUAUCAUCUGUCAAACAGAAAACGGUAUUGCCUUUUAAAGAGCCAACAAAAUCACUAAUCAAAGAGACAACGAGACCAUCAGUUGACGAGACAACAAAAUCACCAGUUACAGAGAAAACUUGCACUAGUUCUUCGUGUCUCAUCGCUGCAGGAAUCUUGAACAAACUUGAUCAGUCCACGGAGCCAUGCGAUGAUUUCUAUCAGUACAGUUGUGGAGGCUUUUUGAACAAGACUGAUAUUCCUGAAAAUGAAGAGUAUAUGAUAAGUUCGUUUACCAAAACGAACGAUUUCGUUCAAAAUGCCCUAAAAGAAAUAUUGCAAAAUAAAGAAACAAAGUCACGUCAUACACCGAAUUCGGCCAUCUACAAAGCCUUCACGUAUUACCAGUCGUGUAUGGACGACACUGAGAUUACAAGUGCAGGGAAAAAACCACUUCUCGAUGUGAUACAAAAAUUCGGCUCUUGGAGUAUCACCAAUAACAACUGGAAUGAGUACUAUUGGAAACUGGAGACAAUUCUCGCAAAAACAACGGCUUAUCUAAAUGCUAAUACAUUUCUGUCUUUAAGUACAAUGUCAUCCUACUUCGACAACACCAAAACGUACCUCACGAUUAGCGGCGGAAUUUCUGGUUAUCACGAAAGAGAUCUUGACCGACCGUCGAAAUCAAUACCAUCAAAACAGAACUUGAAUAUUAAGUAUUUUGAUAUUUACAAACCUCGCUACAAAAAAUUUAUGUCGGCCAUUUUCCAACUUCUUGUGGCUCAAAACGAAGCAGGAACUCAAAAUGCGAAUAUAGAUAUAAGCAAAGAAGUGGAUGACAUUAUCAACAUGGAACGUGAAUUCCUGGAGGUGGUGGAAUAUCUAAACCCGCGUGACAUUCCGACACUCAAGACAGAGAUUAAAUAUAUGAGUAUUAGUGAGUUGAAUGCAUUAACAUCAUACAAGUUUGAUUGGGAUGCGUAUUUUACGGAAGCUUUACGUGGAACUGGUCACUCCGUUUCAUAUUGGCAACAGUUGAUGGUAAUAAAACCUGAUAACAUCAAAAAAGUGAUCAACUGGCUCACAGGAAAGCCUAAAAGAUUGUUAGCGAACGAAAUAAUCUGGAACCUUAUUCGUGGUUUGGUCUAUAACCUGCCAAAACCGUUCAGAGACGCACAAGAAAAGUAUUUCCAACUAAGGACACCCACCCCAAGAUGGAAGACAUGCAACGCUCUAACAGACGCUACUUUCCUGUAUGUUACAACACUACUAUAUGCUAACAAACAUCUGUCCGAGGAUGCCAUAAAAACGGCUGGAGAAAUGUUUACGGAAAUAAAAAAUGAAUUCGUCAAUGGCUUGGACGAGCAAACCUGGAUGGACUAUGAAACCAAGAGUCAAGCUCGUCUUAAGCUGAAUAAAAUGCGGGAUUUGAUUGGAUUUCCUGCGGUCAUUAAGGAACCUGGAGUGUUGGACAGGGCGUACGAAGACAUUCAAGUUUAUGAAUCCAAGCUCUUAGAGAACUGGCAAGAUAUUCUCCGAAAAUUCUAUCUUAUAAAGAUGAAAGGAUUCUAUAAACGAAACCUGGAGGAUUUUGAAAAGUCAUCUCUUGCAUACCUCGCAAUAAAUGCAUACUAUAAUCCUCAAGCAAAUGGAAUGACUAUUCUGGCAGGAAUAUUGAACGAACCUUUUUACAAGCACGACAGAUUAAAGGCAAUGAAUUACGGCGCUCUUGGUAUGGUCGUAGGUCACGAAAUCACCCAUGGUUUUGACAAGACAGGUAGCGAAUUUGACGAGAAGGGAAAUGUUCGCCAAUGGUGGAGUACAAAGUCGCACGAAAAUUUUGUAAAACGAUCGGCAUGUUUGAUAAACGAGUACAGCAAAAUUAACAUGUUUGGCUAUCAGGUUAACGGCACUAGGACAUUAUCCGAGAACAUUGCUGAUAACGGAGGUUUGAAAUAUGCUUAUCGGGCGUAUCAAAACUGGCGGAGAACAAAUGGGGCAGAAAAGAAAUUGCCCGGACUUUCAUUUACCAACGAUCAACUUUUCUUCAUCAGCCUCGCUCAGACAUGGUGCACAAAGUACAGGAAAGAGAAGGUUAAAGAUUUAAUGGACUUGGAUGUGCAUUCUUUGAAUCCUGUCAGAGUCCGAGUUCCACUGCACAACUUCCCUGAAUUCAGUAAAGCGUUUGGAUGUCCUGCUCGAAAGAAUACUUGCACGGUUUGGUAGUUAGUUGCCUAUCAUAACAGAAAAUGAGCGGUCUCUGACUGAGCCCUAAAAGCGAACGAAAAAAAUAUAUAUAUCAUGAUUGAAUAUUCAAUAAAUAUUUUAUAAUAUUUUAGGAUUCACGAUUCAUCGAUUAUCACGAUUAGCCAAUGGACCUUUUGUGUAAUAGACAAGCUUACGAUCCAGGUAACAAGGAAAUAAAUCACCACAGCUAAAACGAGCAUACCGAAAUUUGUAUAAUUGCCAAGUUUGGCCACAUGCACAAACUGUCAAGUAUUACGGAAAACAUGGCCAUGCAAAGUAGCCAAUUUUGAAUACUUUUUUACUACGGCCGUAAGUUAAACUAAUAUAGUUACAGACGAAGAUCGUGGUAAACAGGUACACAAAAUUGCCAACUUUGCAUAACUAUAUUUUCUGUACUUUACAAUGUUUUGCGGCCAAACUUGGUAAUUUUACUAAAUUUAGUAUGCACUUUUCGGAAAUUCCUUUUUAGUGCCUAAAUCGAAAGUUAGUCUAUUAUGCAAAAGGUCCAUUUUGCCCAUAUUCUUACAUAAAAGUUAAUCGCCUUUUCUUACAAUCAGUUAAUAUGAAUAUUGUUCAAGUGCAUGUAUCAUGGCUUAGCAAUGGCAAUUCAGUUUGUUUUGUGGUACUUUUUUGGUACUAGGAUAAUUAAAAAAACUAGCAUACGUUUUAGUAUAAUUAAUGAUACUACAUUUUUUACUUAGUUUGUAGUUCAAAUAUUCACAUCAAGUUGCAUUAAUUGAUGAUAACGAUAUACAUGAUAUAAAUAGUUUCUUACAAUAUUUAAUUUUCUUACAAUAAUUUCUUACAAUUUUAUAAUUUAUCGUGUGUUGUAAUAGCUAUUUCGGCUGUGAGCCGAUUUGAUAUAGCAUGUUUUAAAACAAGUCUUUCACAAUCUUUUGUUUCUCCGUUUUCUAUAUAUAAUUAUAUUCGUGUUGAAAUACCU